AUGGAAGCACAACAACGUCGCAGUUCCGGCUUUGAACACAAUGCGUGGACUCAAGAUGGAACCAGUGUAAAGAAUGAUGGUCGGAUCGAGAUCGACCUAGAUUCCAAAGUCGGUAGGGAGGUCUCCAAGUUGAUUCCAUUCCUGGAUUCAGAGGAAUAUCCUGAGCAACUGGAGGAGUCAGCUACCGAAAUAGGAUGCGGCCUUGAACUCAAUAUUGUCAUUCAGGUUGUUGGUAGUCGCGGCGACGUCCAGCCUUUUAUCGCGCUAGGCAACGAACUUCAACGCCACGGCCAUCGAGUACGACUGGCCACACAUGGCGUCUUUGAGUCAUUUGUUCGUGAUUCCGGACUGGAAUUCUACUGCAUUGGUGGUGAUCCCUCUGAUCUGAUGGCCUAUAUGGUGAAAAAUCCAGGGUUGAUACCACAGAUGAAGUCUAUUCAGGAUGGCGACAUUCAACGCAAGCAGGUCAUGAUAGCUGAAAUGCUUCGAGGGUGCUGGAGGUCAUGUAUCGAAGAUGACUCCGUAACAAAAACGCCUUUUGUUGCCGAUGCUAUUAUUGCGAACCCUCCAAGCUUCGCUCAUAUCCAUUGCGCCCAGGCGCUUGGUAUUCCACUGCAUUUAAUGUUUACCAUGCCAUGGACUAGCACACGAUCCUUUCCACAUCCUUUAGCGAACUUGAAAUACUCAACAACGGAGCCUAAAAUGGCUAAUUAUUUAUCCUAUGGCAUUGUCGAAUGGCUCACUUGGCAAGGCCUUGGCGGUGUUAUCAAUGACUGGAGAAGGUCUAUUGAUCUAGAGGAGAUAUCAGCCACAGAAGGCCCCCGACUAGCGGAGACAUUGAAGGUGCCCUUCACAUAUUGUUGGUCACCUACAUUGAUGCCAAAACCAGCUGACUGGGCCAGUCACCUUGAUGUCUGCGGAUUUUUCUUCCGCUCUCCACCGGACUUCAACCCACCUUCGGAUCUCGAUGCAUUCCUUCGAAAUGGUCCUCCGCCGGUGUAUAUUGGUUUCGGGAGUAUCGUAAUCGAAGAUCCUCCGGCUAUGACUGCGACCCUCGUCAAUGCUGUCAAAUCUUGGGGAGGACGUGCUAUUAUCUCCCGUGGCUGGAGUAACCUCGGCGAGGCAGAAUCAACCGACCAGAUACUUUAUAUAGGAGAUUGCCCGCAUGAAUGGCUCUUCCAAAAGGUUUCCGCAGUUGUACACCACGGAGGAGCGGGAACGACGGCGUGCGGUUUACGAUUCGGACGGCCGUCCCUCAUCGUGCCGUUCUUCGGAGAUCAGUUGUUCUGGGGCAACAUGGUUGCCUCCCGCGGGAUAGGACCAAUGCCGAUUCCCCACCGGUCUUUGAACGCAGAAAAUCUAGCAGAAGCCAUUCGCUUCUGCUUGCAUCCGGAUACACUAUCUGCAGCCGGAGAACUUGCCCGUCAAAUGGCCGAGGAAGCUGGCGUUUCUGCAGCUGUCGCAUCGUUCCACCGCAAUCUUCCGGUCAGCCAGAUGAAAUGCCAUUUCAUCGAUUCCGAACCGGCAGUGUGGCGGCUAAAACAGGGCCCUAAGGGAUCCAUGAAUAUGUCCAAAAUAGCAGCAGGACUACUGAUUGAAAACUCGCUUCUUGAUUCAAACGACCUCAAAUCGUUUGAAAGCAACCCGAUUUUCAUCCAGACGCGGCGAUGGGACCCGAUCACAGGCGGAACGUCUUCGUUGCUCGGCAUGUACAAGGACAUCCUUACGGCAUCGAGCGACGUUGUGAUUCGGCCAUAUAAGGAGUUCAGCCGCGCCCGUCAGCAAAGCGAACCAGAACUUGUUGUCAUUGAAACUGCGCGUGGCCAAAACGCUGGCGAACGCCGCCCGUCCGCGGGAUUAUCCCGUACUUCUGGAUCUAAUCUACAAGAAGAAGACUGGAAGGUCGCUGGGAAUGCCGUUGGGGGUUCUGCUAAGAGCGUGGGAAGGAUCAUCGCAUACUACUACAAGGGUGUGUUGGUAGACAUACCUGGAGCUGUCAACGAAGGCCUUAGGGCGGUUCCCCGGCUUUAUGGUGAAGAUGUCAAGAGCUACGAUAAUAUCAAGGAUUUCAAAUCCGGAGUUGCUGCUGCCAGUGACAAUUUCACGCAUGGGUUCUCACAUGGCCUCACUGAUAUUUUCAGGCAGCCAUAUGAGGGCGGCCAGAAAGACGGUAUCAGGGGAGCGAUCAAAGGAUUUGUGAAAGGGCCAAUUGGCAUGGGCACAAAAGCUGCAUCAGGUGCGUUGGGUCUGGUAGCUUAUCCUGGUCAGGGUUUGGCGAAAAGUUUGCAUUCGGCUAUCCAUUCCAAGACACGCAAACAGAUUGUGAAGGCAAGAUUAAAUGAAUCUCAAUAUCUGGCUAGACAAUCAUCGAAGGCACAGUCGAUGUGCUCGUAUGUCCUUGACGCAUUUGAAGUUCAACAACGGCAGCCUGCGGAGUCUCGGAGUUCAACGAAUAUGAGAGAAGAUUCCCAGUGA